AUGGAAGCUAAUGGAUCACCACUAACUAAUAAGUAUUCCGAGGGGCUUCCUGGUGCACGUUAUUAUGGUGGGAAUGAAUAUAUUGAUCAGGUAGAAAGUAUUUGUCGCAAAAGAGCUUUACAAGCUUUCAGAUUGGAUUCUGAGGAAUGGGGCGUGAAUGUUCAACCUUAUUCUGGAAGCACAGCUAAUUUUGCUGCUUUAACUGCUUUGAUUCAACCUCACGAUCGAUUAAUGGGUUUGGAUUUACCAUCGGGUGGUCAUUUAACACAUGGUUGGCAAACAUCAAAGAAAAAAAUUUCCACUUCUUCAAUAUAUUUUGAAUCAAUGCCAUAUCGUGUCAAUCCUGAAACUGGAAUCAUUGAUUAUGAUCGUUUAGAAGAAAACGCCAAUCUUUUUCGUCCUAAACUUAUUAUAUGUGGCGCAAGUGCUUACGCUCGUGAUUGGGAUUAUGUCAGGUUAAGAAAGGUCGCAGAUCAACAUGAUGCCUUUUUUUUUGGAUGA